GCAAAUAAAAUAAAAAUUUGGCUCUUUCAGACGUCACCAUGUUCGCAAAGUUACAAGUUUUACUAUAUUUGGUGUGCAUGACGAGAGCUGACGUGUUGGUCACCGUCCAGGGUAUGCUGCGCGGUGAGGAACACGAUGGGUAUACGUCCUAUACCGGCAUCCCCUACGCGACUGUACCACGAAAUAACGGCAGAUUUAAGAAAGCCGGCCUCGCCCCUUUUUGGCAUGGCAUCCGAGAACCUCACGAUUCUCGUUGCUCGCCAACAUCUUCAUUGGAAGAUUGUCUACAGCUAGAUAUUCAUGUACCCAAUGUAGGUUCGGUUCCUUGGCCGGUCCUGGUGUGGGUAACAGGGAUAGGUGGCGGUUAUAAGCCUGGGCAACUGGUUCAAAGGGAUAUUAUUGUCGUCGUGGUUCACCAUAGACAGGGACCUGUGGGAUUCCUUUGUUUAACUGAAGAUAAAGUCCCAGGUAACGCUGGUGUUAAAGACGUGGUUCUAGCAUUACGUUGGGUACGCGACAACAUUGUUGCCUUCAAAGGAAAUCCGGCCAGCGUAGUCAUAGCUGGACAAAGCUUCGGUGCAGCGAUGGUUGAAGCACUAACUCUGUCCCCCAUGGCCCAUGGGCUAUAUCAUGGUGUAAUACUCCAAAGCGGCACCGUACUUGCCCCGUGGAGUUUUAAUUAUGACGCGAAACAACGAGCCAUGGCUCUCGCAAAAAUGAUCGGUGAUGAUGAAGAAUCCACGACACUCCAGAAUGCUAAUAUUGUAGACUUAGUCGACAAAAGUAAUAAACUAGACAUGUCUUAUUUUCCAUUUGGAAUUUGUGAAGACAGAUCUUUGAGGAAUGAAGAAAGGUUGCUGUUUGAAGCACCUAUUGAUCUCCUUACCGGUAGAAAAGUCAACGAAGUUCCGAUAAUGAUGGGUUAUAACACAGAUGAAGCGUAUGUCUUUGCUUCGGCACUAAACGACCCCAAAGUGAUGGAGAAGAUAUCGAAAGAUAUCAGCGUUCUUCUCCCAGUAGAACUAAAAUUCAUUAACGAAAAGGAAAUGAAUCAAGUGGCUCAACAGAUAGAAGAUGUGUAUUUUAAAAAAGACCGCAGUUUGCCAAGUUUUCUAGCGUACCACAGAGACACGUACUUCAUCAGCCACAUCUACCGCAGCGCUCGUCUCCACGCCUCAUCCUCCAGUCUUCCCGUAUACUUCUACCAGUUCUCUUACUCCGGAGACGCUGGAGUAGUACCACAACGUGGUGUGGAGAAGACGGGCGCUGCACAUUCCGACGAGCUCGCGUUUUUGUUCGGGAGUGACUUGGACGGAGACGAUGGAGCGGCGCAAGAGCACCUUGUUAGACUUUGGACAAACUUCGUCAAAUACUUGAAUCCGAACCGAAAAGAGUCAACUCCAUGGACCGCAUUAGACCCGACCGGCCCUCGCGUCUUCGACAUCGGAACCGAAACCAAGAUGGUGGACUUUCCUCACACGAAGGUCACUCGUAUGUGGGACGAUGUUUAUAAAGUAUAUUUUUAUUCCAGGAAUAGAAAAUGAAUCCACA